AUGCACAGGAGUUUAACAGAAAAGGAGCUCGCCAGAUGUGAAGAGAACAAAGUGAUUGCUGAAUAUCCACCCAACAACAGCAGCAAUAUGUUGACAAUUUCUAUAAGUUCAACCAAAAAAGUUGCCGCCAGAUGUGAAAACAACAAAGUGACUGCCAGCACCUUGGACAACAGUGCUGAUGCCACUACCAAAACCACCAACAAUGGUCCUGUUGCACUUGACAAGGAAAUGAUAAAUCAUCUUAAUAAGAGCGCUCAUCAACAAGUCAUGACUUUGGCUAGUUUCCAGGACCGCAAAAAGUACACUUACGUAAUUGACAAAGUCCCAUCUGAGGGCAUAGUGUGGGGCAUCACAGGCCAGAUUAGAAGCUUCUGGUUCUUUGACAAAGCAGGGGCCACAUCUGAGCGGGCCUCUAUCACUGUUGUGCCUUUCUUGGUGGAUGAAGCUGCCAUUGCACACAAGAUUUUGUUGGCAUAG